UCACCAAAUUCAAAUUCAAAAAUCAUCCGCUCUCUUAACGGCUAGUUGUAAAACCUCACAUCUUCAUUUCUUCACUGUAUAAAUACUUCAUUUCUCCGCCUCCAUAAACCAUAUCUCGUCAUUUCUCUAACAUCAGACCCCUAAUUUUCUCUCUCUACAUCUCUUUCGCACUUUCUCUCUCUUCUUCAUCUUCAAUUUUUCGCGUUGAAGAAAAGAUUCAUCCAUGGAUUUCCAAAUCUUGAAGAGACGUGACCUUCAAUUGUUGUGCAAGAGGAACAACAUCCCUGCCAAUACUACCAAUGCCGCCAUGGCCGAUGCGCUCGCUUCGCUUCCUAUUGUGGAAGGACUUGAAGAAUAUUUGAGAAAUCCAGAAUCUGAUGCCCAUGGAUCCCCUGACAAAUCUAUGAUUAGUUCAUCUAAUGUACCCCGAACCACGGCUCGUAAAAAGGCAUUGACGGAUGAACUAGAAGGCUCGAAAUUGACCACAAGAACUAGCUGCAGAACAAGGACUAAAGCCGUAGAAGGAACCGGGAAGACUCCGGCGACACGUACUACAAGGAAAAGGGCAUCACAGGAGGCCUCAAUCCAGAAAAUGAUGGAGAAAGAUUUGCAGGCUGAGUUUGAGGCUGACUUGGAGCAGCAAUCUGAAGUUUCUGAGAACAAUGAACUUCCUUCUGGAGGUGAACUUAAGGAAAUCUCAGAAGAGGUUUCAGGUGUUAGUGUGGAGAAUGAUGGACAAUUGUUGUCAGAGAGCAUAAGUGAGGUACAACAAGUUAGUGUUGGAGAAGAAAUCAUUGAUGUGAGUGAAGCACAAGAAGAGGAGGAGAUGUUAAAUGGAAGUAAGAUGGUGGACUUUCAUAGUCUUGGUAGAAAGGACCUCCAAAUUCUGUGCAAGAAGAAUAAGAUCCCUGCCAACAUGACUAAUGCUGCAAUGGCUGCUGCUCUUGAGUCUCUUGAAACUGUUGAAGGUCUGCAAGAGCUUGAUUAUCAAGCUCCAAGCUCACCUAGAGUGUCAGGGAUUAGUUCAUCUUGUGCUCGUCGAUCACGGACCACCAUGAAAAUUACUAAAGAAGAGCCACAGAGCUCAAGGCUGAUAACAAAAUCAUGCCGUGGGUCAAGGAGAAGAGUAGUAGAUGAAACUCCAGCUGCACCUAAUACUCGGGAAAAGGCUCCCCGGGCUGGUUCUGCACUAACAGAAAGCAUUACCAAAGAGGAAGAUAGUGCAGUUCACAGGAGUGAGCUAAAGAAAAUGAACUUGUGUAUGGACGAUGGAGAAUGUCCUGUCUCUUUCAGCAAUGGCGAAAGCGAGCUUGGAGGUCUAGAGAAUUCUGGACUUUCUGGUGUUGCCAAGUGCAGCAGUGAUAUCAGUGAUAGUCUGAUUCAAGAAGCACCAGUGAGUGAAUCUACAUUGGAGGAUGACAGUGGAAAAGGUAACAAUGGUCACCUCGAAGCUGAGAAAUUGAAGGAACCAGAAGAAUUGGUGUCUAAAGUAGAUGAAAAUGUUGUUGAAGAGGUGGUCUUAGAAAAUUUGGAAGUAACUGAAGCAUUAACCAACUUGGUUAAGGUUGACAUAGUCCCUGAAGCAGUGGACUACUUUGCCAACCAACAGGAGGACCUGACAUUAUCUUCGGGAGACGGUGAAUCCGAAAGCACUCAAGCUGUUGCUGCUAGCAAAUCUGAAGACUGCGAGCUUGAGAAUGUAGUUGCAGCACCUUCUGUUCUGGCUGCAGAUUUAUGUCUUCAUGAGAAGCUUGAAGAGCAGACAUUUGAGGAAUUUGUCUCUGAGUCUAUUUCUGAAGCUGAUACUAAUAUGGGAAACAGCAAGCAUGAAAAAGCUGUCACUUUCACUUCUGAUAUUGUUGCAGAAAUUACUUGUCCUAUUGAGCAUGAAGGUAACCAUGCAGAAGGCGAGAUGUUCCAGAAGUCUGAUACUGAGUCAAGUGCUCGCGCUGUCACUUUUACUUCUGAUCUUGUUGCAGAAAUUAUUAGUCCUAUUGAGCAUGAAGCAAACCAAGCAGAAGACGAGAUGUUCCAGAAGUCUGAUACUGAGUUAAGUGCUCAAGCUGAUAAUGUAAGUUUGGAAAGCAACGAUGUGGAAAGUGAAGCUGAUUCUGAAGGCAGUGACACAGAAGACGAAAUGCUCCAAGAGUCUGAUACUGAAUCAACUGAUAAAUUCAGCCUGAAAACCAAUGUGGAUAGUGAAUCUGAAGGUAGCAACACAGAAGAUGAGUUGUCUGAAUCUGCUAGUGAAGAUAAUAUAUCAAGUUUGGAAGUCAAUGUGGACAGUGAAGUUGAAGAUCCGAUCUUCUUCACAGAGUUCGACACUGAAUCAACUAUUCAGUUUAAAACAGAAACACCUUUGGGUCAAAAAAGUGUGCGACAGUUGAAGAGGAUGCUCAAGGAUAGACUACAGGCAACAACAUUGGCAAAAAGCAUGGAAAAAUUGACCUUAGAGGAGACUGAGAUCUCACUGCCUAAAGUGGAAGAAGAUUUGCAAGGUCUUGUGGAGUCUGAGUGUGAUAAUGCUGAUAUUGCAGUUCCUCAAGUGAUCUCUAAAGAUAUAGAGGAUGAAAUCAAUGAUGAUGAGACUGAGGUGCAAAAUGACACUUCUAAUGAGACUCUAGUGACUAAUAGUGUCAAUACUGCAACACUUUACUCAGUUGAAAUACUACAAGACAAUGAAGUGAUACCUGAAGAUGAAGUAGCUGGUAACAUCAAUGUUGCCACAUUCCCACCACCAUUAACACCAAGCAAAGUUUCUAGCAAGACUAAUAAGAAGCCAUUGCUGUUUACUACACCAUCUAAAACUCCAACGAAAACGCCGACAACUGCUGGAAGGAAGAACUGUAUUUUGGAUGUCAAUAAGGAGAACAUUGACAACAGUGUCAGUAAAAUCAAACUUGCUGUUACUGGGAGUGGUAAAGUUAUUUCUGCUGUGAGUAUGGGGAAGCUGAAAAAGGAAUUCAAAGUGCUUCAGCAACAACAAUCAGAGAAGAAGAGUCAAGCACUGCAGCCGCGGUCCGAAAACAACUGCCUCCUUACUAGCCCAUGAACUGAAGACUCAUCACCUAUGAUAGUGUGUAUUAGGAGGUUAAAACCUUUGGUUUACCUUUUGGUAGCUCUUAUGAGUUUGUUAGUAUUAGUGAGUGUUUGAGUAGUCCGAAAUUUGGUUGUGGCAAACUCAAAUCUCUUAUAUUAAUUUCUGUUUUGUACUGAAAAAACAAAGACAAUCUCUUCUAUAAGUAAAAGUUAAUGGCAAUAUAGAUGAUAUUUUAAAGGCA